GCCGGCUACAAAGCGACGAAGGUCACGGCGCGAGGAGGUGCGCGCCGCCGCGCCCCGCGAUUCGCCUGCGGCCCUCCCCCGCGCCGCCGCCUACUCUCCGCCGCCCGACGCCCGCCCCCCGCCUCCAGCCGACCGCGCGGGGAACCAUGGAGGGAGUGAGCGCGCUGCUGGCCCGCUGCCCCACGGCCGGCCUGGCUGGCGGCCUGGGGGUUACGGCGUGCGCUGCGGCCGGCGUGCUGCUCUACCGGAUCGCGCGGAGGACAAAGCCGACACACACGACAGUCAACUGCUGGUUCUGCAACCAGGACACGGUGGUGCCCUACGGGAACCGCAACUGCUGGGACUGUCCCCACUGCGAACAGUACAACGGUUUCCAAGAGAAUGGCGACUACAACAAGCCGAUCCCUGCCCAGUACCUGGAGCACCUGAACCACGUGGUUAGCAGCGCGCCCAGCCCCUGCACCCCCCCGCAGCCCCAGCAGUGGGUGAGCAGCCAGGUGCUGCUGUGCAGGAGGUGCAGCCACCACCAGACCACCAAGAUCAAGCAGCUGGCCGCCUUCACACCCCGCGAUGAGGGCAGGUACGACGAGGAGAUCGAGGUGUACCGGCACCACCUGGAGCAGAUGUACAAGCUGUGCCGGCCGUGCCAGGCAGCCGUCGAGCACUACAUCAAGCACCAGAACCGCCAGCUGCGCGCCCUGCUGCUCAGCCACCAAUUCAAGCGCCGGGAGGCUGACCAGAGCCACACACAGAGCUUCUGCUCGUCCGCGGUGAAGGCCCCAGCCCAGGUCAUCGUGCUCCGGGCCCUCGCCUUCCUGGCCUGCGCCUUCCUGCUGGCCACCGCACUCUACGGCACCAGUGACCCCUUUGCCCCGGGGGUCACCCUGCCCCCAGCCUUGCCCCCUGGAGGCAACGGCUCAGCUAGUCCUGACAACGGCACUGCACCUGGGGCCGAGGGCUGGCGGCAGCUGCUGGGCCUGCUCCCAGAGCAGGGGGCCGAGAAGCUGCGGGAGGCCUGGGCCUUCGGCCGGAGCCACCAGACGGGCGUCGUCAUGCUGGGCCUGCUCGCCUGCCUGCUGGCCAUGCUGCUGGCCGGCCGCAUCAGGCUCCGGAGGAUCGACGCCUUCUCCGCCGGCCUGUGGGCCCUGCUGCUGGGCCUGCACCUGGCCGGGCAGUACCUGCAGGCCGCCUCACCUAGCUGGCUGGACACACUCAAGUUCAGCACCAUGUCCCUGUGCUGCCUGGUGGGCUUCACGGCAGCCGUGGCCACGAGGAAGGCGAUGGGCCCACGGAGGUUCCGGCCCCGAAGGUACCUCCCCGGAGACCCGGCCGGCCUCUUCCCCGUGGGCCCCAGCCUGGCCAUCCCCUGCCCGGCCGUCACAGGCUCUUCGUCUCUGCUGCUCCCCGCCCCGCCCGGCUUCCUGCCCCUCGCCAACCAGCAGCUGUUCCGGCCUCCCCGACGGGCCUCGCCCUCCUCGCUGCCAGGCCGCCUCAGCCGGGCGCUCUCCCUGGGAACCCUGCCCUCUCUGACCCGAGCAGACUCAGGGUAUCUGUUCAGUGGGAGCCGCCCACCGUCUCAGGUGUCUCGAGCUGCGGAGCUUCCCAUGCCAGAUCACUUCUCCCUGCUGUCGGGGAGCUGCCCCUCCUCCCCGCUGCCGUCCCGGGCGCCCUCCGUGGCCGGCUCGGUGGCCUCUAGCUCUGGCUCCCUGCGCCGCCGCAGGCCGCUCAUCAGCCCUGCUCGGCUCAACCUGAAGGGGCAGAAGCUGCUACUGUUCCCGUCGCCCCCCGGGGAGGCCCCCAGCACCCCCAGCAGCUCCGACGAGCACUUGCCCCACAACGGCAGCCUCUUCAGCCUCGAGCCGCCCCGGAUCCCCCAGAGGCAGCCGGCACAGGAUGCGAAGCACACUGUGGACAUGAGGGCAGUGCCGGAGAGAAGCAGCGCCUGCAGCAGCCGCUCCAUCAAGAAGGAGGACGACUCGUCGCAGUCGUCGACCUGCGUGGUGGACACCACCACCAGAGGGUGCUCCGAGGAGGCCGCUGCCCGGACAGGUCGUUUCGGCCCCUCCCUAGUCCAGGGCCUCCUGGCUGUGAGCUUGGCAGCCAACGCCCUCUUCACCUCAGCCUACCUGUACCAGAGCCUGCGCUGACCUGAGGGCCCCAGCCGCCGCGCCCGGGAGUCCCGGAGGGCCUGCGCGGGGCCUGCUGCUGCCACCACUGCCGCCUCGGGGCUCUGUGCCGGGCCGACCUGCCGCAUUGAGUCCUGUCCUUGGGACGCCGCCUCCUCACCUGCCAGGCUGCGGGGCUGCGAGGCCGCCCGUCUCCCACCCGCCUCUGGACUCACAUCAGUCGUGUUUGGUGCUGCCCCAAAGCCAGGGAUCCACAGGGCUGCCCGGCCCAGCCCUGCCUGCGCAGCCGCCGCCACUGCAACCGCACCGGGAGCCAGGCUGCCCCCGUGCCGUGGCCGCGGCCACGGCCACGUCUCAGUACUGUACUCCCCUGUCCCACCGGCCACCUUA